AUGAGCUGCUUGUCGUCAUCGUUUUUACGUCCGCUGUUGAAACAUGCGAUGGCUUGUCGCCGAUACGCAUCUUCGACACGUUCAAGCAUACUGAAACAUGCAGCUCUUCCACCACAAUACACAUUGGCCACUGUUAGAGCUUUCCCUUCACUCGAGCCUCUCACAUUUGUCCCCGUGCCAACUACGCUGUUGGACGCGCCCUUGAGAAGGGACCUGCUGUGGAGAGCCGUCGUGUACGAAAACGACAACAAGAGGGUCGGGUCAUCGAACCCGCCUGGAAGAAGCGACAACGGAUACUCGCGGAGAAAAUUGCUGCCACAGAAGGGUAGCGGUAAGGCCAGAGCCGGAGACGCCAAUUCGCCAACGCGCCACAACGGUGGACGCGCGCUUGCCAGAACCGCGCCCAACGAUUACACUACUGAGCUUCCUAAAAAGGCGUAUUCCCGCGCCCUACUCAAUGCCCUCAGCUACCAAUAUAGACGCGGAAACCUCUAUGUCAUCGGCGACGGCAGGGGUCUCACUCAGGCACACGAUUUUGAUCUCAAUGAGCUUGAAAUAUUACCCACUAAGGCUGACGCCGAUGAUGCAGAUGUUGUUUUCGAGCGAUUUUUAAAUGAGUUCGAACUGAAAAGCAGAAAGCUUUUGUUUGUGACAAGCGGCCCUCGCGAAGGACUGUUCACCAACACCGAAAACUUCAAAGACGACGUCAAUAUAGUGCGGCAAGAGUUUUUGGACGUAAAUGAUCUUCUCAGGGCCCACCGCAUUUUCAUUGAGCAGGAGGCGCUGGAAUAUCUUGCUAUCGUCCACUUGUCCUGA